GCAGCUUCUUGGUCUCCGCUAGGACUGUGCCAGGAACUUUGGAGUUGAUUGCAGGCUUGCAGAGAACGGAUCCACCAAAUCCCCAGGAACCCAAGGCGGUGAUCAUAAUCCUCCUCCUCUCCAUGCUGUCCUCACAACCACAACCCUGUGAGACCAUGGCCACUGGGAAUCCCAAUGCCUCCCCCACAGUAACUGAGACUGAAGACAACGAGAUGGAGUUGUUGACUGAAGAGCCCAGAGGAGCUGAGGAGGACUCCACAGCUGAAACGCCGCGCAAGCGAAGGAGGAGAGAAGACAAGUACCAAGUCUUUGAAUCAAGGGAGAAAGAGAUCCUGAAGAAGUAUGAAAAGCUGGAAUCCAAGACAAGGAAGGUUCUCAGCACAACAUACGAUAAAUUGUUUGCUGUUUUGUCCCAGGACACGAUGCUAGAUGGAGUGAACUAUCUCAAGGAGCGACUGAUCACCUUGAAAAAAAAGUGUUCCUUGGACCCCAUUUUCAUUGGUUUUCUGGGCCGUACAGGAGCUGGGAAGACCUCCCUGCUCAAUGCCAUUAUAGGGAAGAAGCUGUUCAUGCCAGUAUCUGGGGAAAAAGCUUGUACUUCAUGCAUCGUGCAGGUGAAGAAAAGUAAGAGUGAGUUCUACGAGGCUGUAAUUCACCUUCUCACAAAAGAGGAAUGGAGUAGUGAGUUGAAGGACCUUGUGGAGGUUUUGAGCAAGAAUGGGGGUGACGAUGAAGGUUCCUCUCACGAGAGUGUAAGCGAUGCCAAGGAUAAGCUCUGUGCGCUUUAUGGGGCUGGAGCUGACCAGAAAAGUUAUGAAGAAUUGUUGAAGGCAAAACUUGUGACGACUAUUCCUGCCAAAAGAACCAUCUCAAUUAAGGAGAAGGAGGUGACUACAUUCUCCGAAAAACUGGGACCUUACAUUUGUGUGAAGGAAAACCAUUCUUUUGAAGCCUGGCCACUAAUCAAGUACGUGGAAUUGGACAUUCCAGCAUCGGACUUGGUUCCUGAAGGCAUCACGUUUGUGGACAUUCCUGGGACAGGAGACUUUAACAAGAAAAGAGAUGAAAUGUGGAAAGAGACUCCCAUCGAGAAUAAACACGAUGCCAUUUUAGAGAGGAACCAAGAUGUGAAGAAGAAGAAGGAGAGAAGUAUUAGGGAGAAGCUGCAGAGAAAGCUUCUACCUGACGCAGAUGUCUUGAAUAAGGAUGAUCUGGUUUAUACUGUCAGUGCCAAGCAAUUUUGGAAAAGAAAACAUCUCAGCGAAGAAGAAACAGAAAUACCAAAGCUGCGGGAAUACAUCAGGAGGAUCUAUCUGAAGGAGAAGGAGAGGCUGGUGACAGAUUUUGUGACGGAAACUUUGGGAAUUCACCUGCUUGCUGAGAACAUUGGUUCCGAACAACAAUUUGUGGAGCGGCAUUUUCAGGAGAGUGGAGUCGAACAGUUUGUGAAUGAGAAGAUCGACGCUUUGGGGGAGAAACUUGAAAGUCUUUUCACUCAGAUGAAACAGCCCCUCUGUGAUGGAGUGACCAGGGCCAGAAGAUCCUAUAAGAAAAUUCUUGAGGAGAAGCUCACAAGAAAUGGAGGGAACCAAGGUUUCCACAAGGUCCUAAAGGCGGUGUGCUUGAAGAAUGGUGUGUACGCUUCAAGGACGUUUGCCCGCAUAGAUUUCAAUGAAGACCUUGCCAGGCCCAUCUAUGAUAAUGUUGAGAACAUAUUUGAAAACAUAUUCAGGAUCCAAAAAGGAACAAGAUGCAAUCUGUGGCCUCAUUUGGAAGGGUUUAAAAAUGAGGUGCAGGAGAAGAUCAGUCAGAUUGCAAGAAACAACAAAAUACCUGAAGACAAUGGAAAAAUUAAAGCUUUCAUUCAUGAAACAAAUGUCAUCAUGACGAAACUAAGAGCAGAGAUUCUUCAGCAGAAGAUAGUUAUCUACCAGAGCCUUAAAAAAUACAUCCAAUUUGAUCUGAUGCCCUAUUUUGAAGAGGCCUCAACCAUAAGGGGCCCGGAAGCCUGUGAUCAGAUGAAGACCAUCCUCAGGGACAACAUUGACAGAGAGGUCAAGAAGGAGAUAGAGAGCUGUUUCCUCGAACUGAAGGAGAAGAUCAUGACGACGCUGAAAAAGGAAACUUCCAUUGUGCUCAAACUGCUCUUGCUGCACCAGGACCAGCUGGCUGUGAAGUUACCAGGGCAGCGGCUGUACCCUGAGCUGUCGCUUCACCGCUGUUGCUUCUCCAGCCUGCAGGUCGAACUUGACGCUGGUGAUGAGCUCCUGCACAAGGGCAGCAGCAGCAGCGCCCACUUGGCGCCCUGUUUCCCCCACGCAGACCACCGGGUCAAGAAGCCUCGCCUCUCCGGGCAGGGGCGGGGACAGUCACUCACUCACUCCACGCCAUGGCUGCUCGGCAAUUGGCUCCCACCUGCUAUUAACCUACACCGUGUGGCUUCGCCACGGCAACUGCCUCAAUCUGAAAGGGGGCCAAAGAGGUAA